AUGGCAUAUGGAUUCUACAAGUUAUGGCUUGGCCAACGGGAAAAGAACGAACUUGCCCGUGAAAAAACGUGGGCUCGAAUCCAUUUAAUCCCAGUCCUCCAAGCCGAAGAGGACCGCGACCAAGUUAGGCGCCACUGGGCGGAUAAGGCCAGAGAAAAGGAAUUGAUGGGAUCAGAGAUGAAGGUCUACAAUUCUGACCGGUGA